AGUGAUCACAAGGGCCUGCCUGAGACACUUGGCUCUGCUGUUCACAACGCUUUAGUGAUGGCUGAGAGUGUGUAGCUGCCAGGUGAGAGGGAGGGGAAGUCCAAUUACAACACAACAACGGCCGCUGGGACGUGUACUACUCUGCCUAAGAAAUGGAGAAGUCUGAGAGAUAACGCAUAACUUAAUUCCUGAUUCCACCUCUAAAAUUGUAACAGUGUGGCUGGCAGGUUUGUGGAAAAAAUGGCGAAGUUUCUUCAAAGGUGCUGAAGAAGUUAAGAGGAGUAAUGAAGGACAGGUAACGUGUCCAGCGAAAACUGCAAAGGGCCAUGGGAUGUGGCAUGGGAAAAAGAGAACCACAGCUGAAGAAAUGUAACAGAGUGAGCUUCUCAGUUCCAGCAAUGAGAGCAGCGUUGCUGAUCCAGCGCUGGUACCGUCAGUAUGUUGCUCGGCUGGAGAUGAGACGCAGGUGCACGUGGAACAUCUUCCAGUCUAUUGAAUAUGCAGGAGAGCAAGACCAGAUCAAGCUCUACAAUUUUUUUGGCUUCUUGAUGGACCACUUCACCCCGGCCAGCAGCGAAAGAAACCUAAUAUCUCACAUCUUUCGUGAGAAUGAAAUCUGCCGUGACACCGAAUGGGAGAGAUAUUUUUGCUACAAGAGUAUUGAGGUGCCUGACGGCUACACCGGCCCCCAUCUGACCUUCCCCUUGACCUUUUGUGGGGUGUCGAAGCUGGUGGAAGCCUUCAAGCACAAACAACAGCUCCAUGCUCGGUAUGUUCUGCAGAUUCUUGGCGAGACUUGGAGACUUUUAAGAAUUCUUCCAAAUAUCAAUCAUGUCACCACCUGCCAUACCAAGGAGAUUACCAUAUGUGGAGAUUUACAUGGACAUCUUGAAGAUCUGCUGUUGAUAUUCUACAAGAAUGGUUUGCCGUCUUCUGAGAAACCAUAUGUCUUCAAUGGAGACUUUGUGGAUCGUGGCAAAAACUCCUUAGAGAUACUGCUCAUCCUGUUCGGGUUCCUGCUGGUUUACCCCAAUGAUGUCCAUCUGAACAGAGGGAACCACGAGGACCACAUAGUUAAUCUGAGAUAUGGUUUCACUAAAGAAGUUCUGGGAAAAUACAGGAUGCACGGCAAAAAGAUCCUAAAGCUUCUCCAGAAGAUCUUCAGCUGGCUCCCUCUGGCCACAGUGAUUGAUCACAAGGUGCUGAUUGUGCACGGAGGGAUCUCUGACACGACAGAUCUCAACAUAAUAGCCAGAGUGGAGAGACACAGUUAUGUGUCGGCCCUCAGGCCUCCUAAGCUGAGCCGCCGCACAGUCAACGGCAGUAAGACUCAGACAAUGAACGGCAGGAACAUGGAGUCUGGUGGAGCAGCAGCAGGCCGGCGUCGAGUGUGUUCUCUGACUUAUCAAAGCUCAGCCCUGGCUCACAGGCACGACCUCCCACGCCGGUCGCUCCACAACCUGCCCGUGAGCAGCCAACUCAACUGCUCGUUGGAGAAGGAGCUGAAGAGGAGGCGCAGACUGGCUGGGUUCGACCAGUUGUACAGAGAUAUGAGCAAGUCUGACUCUGACUCUGACCCCGAGUCUGGAGACGAAACAGAUCAGCAUGAGUGGAAACAAAUAGUGGACAUGUUGUGGAGUGACCCUAUGCCUCAAAACGGCUGCAUUCCCAAUGAGGUGCGAGGCGGAGGCUGCUACUGGGGGCCAGAUGUCACGGAGGAAGUGCUGGGAAGACACAACCUCCAGCUUCUCAUCCGCUCCCAUGAGUGCAAACAGGAUGGCUAUGAAUUCUGCCACAACCGCAGGGUACUGACUAUAUUUUCAGCAUCUAACUACUAUGAGGAGGGCAGCAACAGAGGAGCAUACAUCAGAAUGGGGCCUGAUCUGGUCCCCCACUUUAUUCAAUAUCAGGCCAGCAGGACAUGCAGAGAGCUCACCCUGAGACAAAGUGUCGGGUGGACAGAGAGAUCAGCUCUGAGAGCUCUGAGGGAACAACUGUUUGUGCAUAAGUCAGAUCUCAUCAGUGCCUUCCAGGAGUUUGAUCCUAACAACACAGGGAUGAUCUCUCUGAGUCACUGGGCCAGUGCCACAGAGAGGGUGCUGAAUCUGGGUCUGCCCUGGAGGGUGCUGCGCCCGCAGCUUGUCAGCAGCACUCAGCAUGGCAUGGUAGAUUACCAGCAGUGGAUAAGGGAGUUAUCCAUCACUGAGCCCAAACUAGAGAUCUCAGACACCAGCAUCCUUGAGACUAUGUACAAAAAUCACUCUAACCUGGAAACCAUCUUCCGAAUCAUAGACACAGAUAACUCAGGUCUGAUCUCCUUCGAGGAGUUCCGUCAAACCUGGAAACUCCUGAGUUCGCAUCUUAAGACAGAGAUCAGUGACAAGGCCAUCGCAGACCUGGCCCAGAGCAUCGACUUCAACAAAGACGGAGGCAUUGACAUCAAUGAGUUCAUGGAGGCUUUCCGUCUGGUGGACCUCUCUGCACACAUGUAGACCUGGAGCAGCGCCAUGUUAGAGGUCUCUGCUCAUCUGCUGCAUAGAAAAUCAAAGUACUGUCUGUCUGUGGAAAUCUGAAUGGUUAGCAGUAUAUUAUCUAUUUGACUGAGUGAGGUGACAGAUGGAGCUGCAACACAUAUUUUCUACCUCUUAGAUUUUGGGCUCUUUUUUAAAAAACUUUUUUUUAUUGAACUUAAAGAAGUUUAAGGUGUACUGGAAAGAUUGUGUGUAAUUUAAUGCACACCUGUUACGUUAUACAUAUAAAAACAUCAAGCGUGCGAUACUGUCUUGGUCUUUCAUGUUGAGAAUGUCCUACAGAAGUUAAGCAUAAAAGGUCAAGAGUGUUUUCACCUUUCUAAGAACAGUUUGUAAUAAAUCAAGUGCUGUAAAGACAGGGACCUGAGAUGUAGAUAUGAAUAUGGAGGAAUUAACAGGCAAAGCUUCCAGCAGUCUGUGAAAGCUUUAUUGUCUUCAUAAUAUUUGAAUGGGUAAUAAAACACAGUAUCAAAAGUAAAA